UUUGGCGAGAAGUAGACAGAGAGAUUCGAUCCUCCCUCUCUUUAUUCUAUGAUCAACGGUUUCAUUCAAAUCAAAACCUGUGUAAACUUGUUAAAGGCUUUAGUUUUUCUGUGUAAUUUAGUUGUGCCUGUUUUUGAUAUGGAGAAGCAAGGUAUGUGCGAUAAAAAUCACUUUCUCAUGAAAUCAUUGUAAACUACGCAUUUUCUGAGUUCCAAGAAGUGAAAAGCUGUAACAAAAACUGUUAAUUUGUGUAAAUUCACAAUGGAUAACGAGGAAGAAAGGCCUGCUGAUGUCGAAGGGCUUGCUGUUGUCGAAGGACCUGUUGAUAUCGAAGGACCUGUUGAUGUCGAAGGGCCUGCUGAUGCCGAAGGACCUGCUCAUGUCGAAGGGCCUGCUCAUGUCGAAGGGCCUGCUGAUGUCGAAGGGCCUGCUGAUGCCGAAGGACCUGCUCAUGUCGAAGGGCCUGCUGAUGUCGAAGGGCCUGCUGAUGCCGAAGGACCUGCUCAUGUCGAAGGGCCUGCUAAUGUUGAAGGGCCUGCUGAUGUCGGCCUUGAAGAGCCUCCGAUGCUUGAUUUGGCGGCUGCCUUCGAGAACCUGAAGAUUGAAGGGAGUUUCCUAAGCAGUCCACUUGAAGAGUCUGUAGCUUUGAUGACCGAAGAAGUGGCCUCUUCUACAUCUGCUACCGACUGUAAAGUUGUUUCUAAAGCAGAAGAGACGGGAAGUGUUACAGAUAUGACAGAAUCCAAGACCACGUCAGAUGAAUCUUUUAAAACUGCUGGUGAUAUGGUGGAGGAAACAACUACGUCAAGUGAAGUAGAGGAAACGUCGAAUACUGCUAAAGCGGAAGACGUGGUACCUGGUUCUGACCCUUCUAUAAGAGUUGGUAAUGUGAUAGAGGAAGCAACUACUUCAGAGUUGAAUACAACUUUAACUGAAGGAGCGGAGAUUGUAGCAAAAACUGAUUCUUCUAUAAGAGUUGGUAGUAUGAUAGAGGAAGCAACUACGUCAGGAGGUGAUAUCAAAACAGAAGAGAUGGUACCUAUUCUCCCGUCGAAUAGUGGUGUUAGCGUGGUAGCUCAAGCGACUGCCUCAACAGCGAAUAUGGGCGAUUUCGAAGAUACGGAAAAAAUGGUGUCCAAUACUGGGCGGUCGAAAAGUGCUGAUAGUAUGGUGGUCGAAGCCACUGACUCAACUGCAAAUAUUGCAGAACUAGAUGAAAUGUUAUCCGCAAUUCUUCCGUCUAGGAGUAUUGAUAGCAUGGUGGUGCAAACAACUGCCUCAACAGCGAAUGUUAGCGAUCUCAGAGACUUUCUCCAUCGAAGCAGAGAACAUGCCAAUGCUUCCACACAGAAAUUUUUAGCAGUGCCUCCGUCACCGGGAAUUUCGGAUUAUGAUCUCUAUCAACAUUUGUUAAAAUCGUCUCCAACAACAUCAAACCAACAGUUGCCUAGUUAUCAAAAAUAUUUGGUCAAGAAACUAGAAGUUAAUUCUUUGCGCAAAAAAAUUGCUUAUAUAACUAUGGAACUUCUUCAAAAAGAAGCAGAAUUGAUUAAAAUAAGACCAGACUAUGUCAUAACACAACCCAUAAAAAUAAAGACUGAAUUGAAGGAGAAUGGAAGUGGUAACAAUGAAUUAGAUGAAGCCUACAAAAAAAUUGCAAACUUGUCAGACGAAAACAAAAAAUACGUAAAUGAUUUGAAAGAGCUUCAAAAUAAAUGUGAGUCAACCUUGAACAAUUUCUCAUUACUCAAAGAAAGUCACUCGAAACUUGAAAACGAACUUCAAUUGGUGAAAGAGGAUAAUGUGAAAUUAAGCGAAAGUUUGCGUCAAUAUGAUGAAGUUAUGAACGAGCUUUGUAAAAAAAAUAAAACAAUGCGAGAGAUGUAUGACAAGGAAUUUGAGAAGAGAACUAGGCUUGAAGCAGAAAUAAAGAAUCUAACACUAGAGGGAUUUAACGGGGCGAAUGAAAUGGCAGAAAAUAGAUUUAAGGCGAAAAUACAAGAAGUCACUAAUCAAAACAGUCAGUUGAAGGAGAUACUUAAAGUGUUACGUUCUCAACUAAACAUUGAGCACGAUAAGGAAAAUAAGGCAGCAGCGGCUAAUUAGAAUUGAAGUUAGAGUUAAUUGAGAAAAACUGUAGUAUUGUUUGAUAUUUUUGUUUGCUUUAUUUUUUUUUUAAUUAAUAAAUAUUGAUUUUGGUUUUA